AUGCCAGAGCUGGCAGCGCGGCCGCCGCAGUGGCCCAUCACGGCGGAGUGGCUGAACUUCGUGCUGAGACUCUUCUGGAGUGAGAUUGAGCCGAGCGUGUCAAAUGCUGUGAAGGAGCUGCUGACCCCGAAGCUGCACUCGGCGCUAAACAUGGUGGCGCCGGUGGAGAUCAACCCUUGUCGACUGGGCAGCGAGCCCCCGAAGCUGGACGAGGUGGAGUUACUGGAGGACCAGGGCCUGGGCAAUUGGAUGGACCUAAAGCUCCAUUGCUUUUGGCACUCUGAGCCCGACAUCACUGUCUCCUGCAAGUUGGGCAGUGUGGCGCUGCCCAAGCUGAAGCUGGGCUUCACCGUGUACAUGGGCCUGCAUGGAGAGUGCGAUGAGCCGCCCUUCUUCCGUGCGUUGAUGAUGUACAUGGGCAACGGCUUCAUGCACGCCGGGGAUGUGCUGAACACCGGUCAGGCUCGAAAGGACCCCUACAUUGGCAUGACCUUCGGCGAUGCCUGGACGGGGUUCAACAUCAGCUUUGUGGAGGAUGCAGUGGUUUCAGCCCUCAAUGGUGCUAUCGCACCAAAGCUGGUGCUGCCGCACCGCAUGGUCUUCCCCAUGGGCAGCUUGCGCCAGGAGUCCUCACUGCCUAUGGACCUCGUGAUGCCGCGGCCUCGUGGCUGCCUGCGGAUCACUGUCAUAGGUGUGUCCAAGGGGCUGGUGGGCACCGAGUGGAAGCUCCAAAGCCUCCUCACCGGCGAUCGCUCCAACGAUCCGUACGUCACGGUGGAUUUGGGCGGUGCGCGAGACCGAAUGAUGAGGACCCCCACAUGCUAUGGUGAUCUGACACCGGUCUGGGAAGAGGACAACGUCUUCCACUUUGUUGUUGACGCGCUGGGCUUGCAGCACUUGAACUUUCGUAUCUACGAUGAUGGGCUGCUGCAGCUGUUCCGCGAACAGCAGAUAGGCACUGCCAGCCAUGAGGAUCUCAUGGCGCGGAAAUUGGGUGUGAGCGUCAUGGAGCUCUUCGGCACAAGGUCCAUGAACUUUUUUGACCAGGAGCAGAAGCUGGACACCAGCUGCAUGCUGGAUACCUCGUGGCCAGGCCACGAGCGUGAGGACCAGACCAAGGCGCAGCUGAACCUCAGCAUUCAUUGGCGACCCAUCAUUGAGAGCAAGCCUUCGCUGAUCCCGCAGGAGGUCUUCGUGGAAGACGACGAGGACCUCGAGCCGCCGCUGUGGCCCCGCUUCGUGCUCCGCAUCGGCCUGCAGAGCCUGCAGAUGCAGCGAUUCAAGGGCAAGCGCACGGACAUGUUCUUCGCGAAGGUCGCCAUGCUGCCGGGCUUCAACGCGGCGGGGUGCCUGGAGGAGGAGCCCAAAGAAGGCCUCACGGAGGUCCAUAGCAAGAAGGUCUACCCCCAGCACCAGGGGGAGGAUCGCUCGGAGAUGGUGAGCAGGAUGAGCGGUGGCCUUCUGGGCCAUGCUGGGCGGGUGGCCUACUUUGACCAGGGCUUCCGUUUCCUGGUGCACAACCCAACCAGCAGCAAGGUGCACUUAACCUUCUACUCCGUUGCUGAUUUCGACAAGACCGACGUCACGGAACUAGGCGAGAUGACGGUGGAGCUGAACUCCUUGCUCCAGGAGAAGACGUUGUCCAUGGAUCUGAACGAGCCGCUGGACAAUUGGACGGGCGACGCGCCCGGCACCUUCAAAGGACACUUUCAGCUGUUCCAGAUCCACCACUCUGCGAUGAGACAGGCGAUGGCCGGUAGCCACAUGCAGAUGCAGACGAAGACCGCGGCGAAGCAGGAUGCCAUGCAAAUGGCGCAGCGUGCCUCCAAGUUGCGCGCGGAGGCGGAGGCCCUGGAGCGGGAGGCACACAAGAAGAACCGUGAGAUGAGCCGCAGAUCGAAGAGCAACAACCACAUGCUCAAGGUACGGAUCAUCGGAGCCAGGGGGCUGAGGGCGGCCGACUUUUCCCUCACGAGCUGGAACACCUCUGACCCCUACUGCGUGUGCGAAUCGGGCUCCAAGAGUUUCAAGACGCCAGUCAUAGACAAGACCUUGGAGCCCUUCUGGGACUACGAAGGCGUCCUCAACCACUACAAGGUCGGGUCGCCCCUGAAGUUUACCGUCUAUGACAAGGAUUGGAGCUACAAGGAUGAUGAGCUGGGCCAUGUGACCUUGAGUGGUUCGAAGCUGACGCACGGCUUCGUGGGUGAGCUGCUGCUGGUGGGCGCGGGUGGCAGCCAGGAGGCCUACCUCAAGGUGGCGGUGGCUGACAGCUAUGGUGUGUUCCCGCAGGAUCCAGAUGACAUUGGCGGCUCCAAGCUCAAGGUUCGAAUGAACGGGGCCCGCGGCUUCGUGGAUGCCCAGAAAGGCUUCUUCGGGCGGGAGGUGUCCUGCCUCUACGCCAAGUGCGAGAUCCCGAACCGGGCGCGUUGCUCCAUGCGCUCCCAAGCCAUCGAGCACUCUGGCGAGCCAGAGUGGAACUACGAGCGGCACAUGUCUGGCUUCAAACAAGGAGACUCGCUGGUCAUCAGCGUGCUGCACGAGAAGCACGGCGCUGGGAAGGACGUGGUCUUGGCAACCCGCACGAUGAGCUGCGACGAGUUCUUUCCGAAGGGCUUCGCCGGGAUGGUGGACCUGGAGCCUCAAGGCAGCUCCUGGGGCGGCUCCAAGUUGGAGCUGGGCUCAAAGCCGCAGAUGGAGCUGCAGAUCUCCGACAGCGAGGGCAAGUUCCCCAAGCUGGCGGUGCCUGACUCUGCGCUGCAGGUGAAGAUCGUGAGUGCUCGCGGCCUGCGAGCGGCGGAUACCUACGUCCUGCAGGAGCACAGCUCCGACCCCUACUGCGUGUGCGAGGUGAUGGGCAAGCCGUACAGCCGCUUCCGCACCCACACGAUCCAGAAGACCCUGGUGCCGACCUGGGGUUACAAGCACCGCCUCAGCGGCUCGGCUUGGUUUCUGGAGGGUCCUCGCAAGCGUUUGACGUAG